AUAACUGACCAAUAAAACAAGGAGACGUGGAACAUUUGUUAACCUUUCGUAGAUAUGCGGCUUUUGAGAUAAUUUAUUAACGAAAAGCUAGUUUUCUUUACAUUCUCAUAUUAAUUUUGGUCAGUUGUCCUUAAACAACGUUAAUAAAAGCUAACAGUGGUACAAAUUAGAUUUGAACAAAAUAUGGCUUUAAAGUUAUUCACAAAUAUAAUUUGUGUAUUGCUCCUAUGGACAAUCGCUGAGGGAUUCACUUCACAGGAGGUGAAGUGUCAUGUUUGUAAGGCGACAGUACAUGAAAUGGAGAAAGCAAUCGGAAAGGAAGAUCCGAAUAAAACUGUUGACGUUAGCGGUUUUCGGUUGGAUGCCAAAGGAAAUUCUAUAAGUAAAUCCGUAAAACUAAUUAAAUCUGAGAUGUACCUGACUGAGUUGAUGGAAAAGAUUUGUGAUAAAAUGGAAGACUAUGUUAAAGCAACAUAUAAGAGCAAUGGCAAGUUUACUCUUCUCAAAAUGAUUGUUGAUGAUAAGAUGAAUCCGGAAUCAUCGCUUGUUGACUUUGUUCAAGACGGAGAUUUAAAUAAAAGUCUCGGACACUAUUGUUUGGAAAUACUGGAUGAUCAUGAAAACGUCUUCAUAAAAGCUUUCCAAGCUCCAAGUCUUAGUGAUGAUUUGGACUCUCAGAUUUGCGGAGCUGAGGCGAAAUACUGUCCCUACAUCCCAGUUCAGGAAGAGUAUGAUUUCGAUGAAAGAGAUGAGUUGUGAUAAAGUUUGGCAUAAUUGAAUUUAUUAGCAAAUAGUUUUUGUUAUACUACAUAAAAUAUUUAUUUUCUUAAUAAAACCAUUUUGUUGUGUGCUUCCGACGGAAACGUAAUGAA